UACCCUCCAUCGUACGGAACGCAGAGCAGCUGGUGACCAAUGCAGAGGAGUGUGCUGAAGCCUGCAGAGAGGGAUCUCUCCUCAGGUUGGGGGAGUGUAUGGACACAUACUGGCAGCAGAAGAAGCCGAUGGCUCCAGGCUGUGAGCCGGCGGCAGUGAGAUCCAUGAUGAACGCUCUUCGGCCGCUGAGUUUAGGACAGAGUCUGGCAGGAGCAGGAGGAGGAGGAUUCCUGUUCUUACUCACCCGUGAGCCUCAGCAGAAGACACCAGUGACCGAGAUUCUCACAAACAUACAGGGCAUUGGUUCCUUCAGUGUUCAUUCAGUGGAGCUGGAUAUGGACGGGAUCUCAGUCAUUCAGAAGAGCUCUGAACAUCCUGAACAACAGCAGACGACUUACAUCUGACUGCCUAAUAACAAUUAAACUGAUAUUAUUUAUGUAAAUAUAACAUUUAUAAACAUUUGUUUCAUAAACACUCACCUAAAGGAUUA